AUGAAAUCGACCUUCACAGUCUUCCACCUGCCGCCAGCGGUCUUGGACGGGCUGUUUCUGUCAGACAAGCUGAAUGCAGUGAGCAAGGCCGAGAAGCCGCAACAGACAGCUUCCACGCACUACUCGACACCGCAGGUCGACCACGCUCAGGACGCCAGCAUGAAGGACCUGUCUGCGCGCAUAGCCUCUGCUACCUGCCAUACCUGCGGCGGCGUAGCCUUUGCAGACGCGCUUGAGCAGCGCGCACAUUUCAAGACCGACUGGCACCGCGCAAACAUGGCACGCAAGCUUGAGUGGCGGCAAACCCACGCACACGCAAGCGAAGAGGACCACCCCUGGCAGCCCGUCGCCAAGGAUAUGUUUGCCGAUGCAGACACGCCUGGAUCGAGCGAGAGCAGCAGCGAGGACGAGUCGAUCUGGAGCGAGUCGGACAUCAGCGCUGUUGGCGAUGAGCCGAAAAGCAGCACAAAGACCAAGCAGCCGGCUGUUGCGCGGCCAGCGGCGAGCAGCAGCGAUGAGCAUGUGCUGGUGGAGGGCAAAGAGACAGAGACGCAGGCUCCUGAAGGCAUUGCGACAGUCUACGGCGUGCACCGGCGAAUUCUGGUGCCAAAGACCCAGCACAACGUCCAUAUCGACCGCGACCAGGCCCUGCACGACCUGAUGGCAAUGCAGCACCUCCCGCCGCCCAAAAAGACAAUGCUGGAACUGAAGAUGGAGAAACUGGCGUUGUCACAGAAAAGCGGGGCAUCGAAGCCCACCGUUGUGCCUGUGCCAGACCUCAGCCAUACCAGCCUGUGGGCAGUGCUGAGCGUCAACGGCGGAUACUUUGCUGGUGCGAUCUUCGACAACCGCACUGGCACGGUGAUCGAGCACAAGACAUUCCAGCGCUACACCACCCGUCGCAAGCAGGGUGGCUCGCAGUCACGCCAGGACAACGCCAUGGGGCGCCCAGCGAAAAGCGCCGGUGCCCAGAUCCGUCGCUACAACGAGCGCAUGCUGCUGGAGGACAUCCAUGCAUUGAUGGGCCAGUGGAGUCUGCUGCUCGGUGCCUGCUCGCGCGUUUUUGUACGCGUCGCCCGCGGCAACCGCAAGGGUUUCUUCGGCUCGGCCCUCUCAUGGGAUGACCCGCGCGUGCGCUCGUUGCCCGUUCCCAUGGCGCGCCCGUCGCUGGCUGAGCUCGAGCGUGCAUACACCGAGCUAAUUGCUGUCAAGGUCAAGACUGUCGAUAUGGCUCGGCUUGCCCCCCGCCAGGACCCGGCUGACGAUGCGAACCAGGCUGCCCCCGAAGUCAGCGGCUCCGAAAGCGACCAUACGCUCGACCCCGAGCCGCGGCCUGACUUGAUGGCGUUCCUCUACCACUUCGCCAACAUGAUGUUUGACGAGUCCCAGUCAGACGACACUCUGGUCGCAUACCUGGCCGAGCACCAGGCGCAGCUCCUGGACGCGCUCGGCGACCCGGCCAUGGAUCUACGCUACCUCGAGUCCACCGACAAACUCGAGGCACACAAAACCCCUACACUGCUGCACCUGGCCGCAUCUCUCGGCCGCUGCGGCCUGAUUCCUUUCCUGAUUGACAACGGCGAAGACCCAACUGUCACCAAUGGCCGCCCGCCGCUCUUUGCUGGCGGCAAGACCGCCUACGAGGUCUCCAAGGACAAACGCACCCGCGACACUUUCCGUGUAUACCGUUCCGAGCACGAAAGCGACAUUGACGGCGUCGCCUGGUACAAGGCGCGUGUCCCCGAGCCCCUGACGCGCGAGAAAAUGAAGGAGAACGACGAAAAGGCAAAGGAGAAGCGCCGCAAGGAGCGCGAGCGCCGGAAAACCCGCGAAAAAGAAAAGAAAGAAAAGAAAGAACGCGCGCUGGCCGCCGAGCAGCUCGACCAGAAGGCCAUGGACGACGCGCUGGAAUUGGCCGAAAAGCGCAAGCAGGAGGAGCGCACAUGGCGGGACAACAUCCACAGCAUGUCUGAAAGCGAGCUUAGGACCCGCAUGCUCAGCAUGGCGUACGCAUCGGCAAACAAGACUUGGGAAAAAUCAGGAAAGAAGCAGCCACCGAAGCAGUCUGCUGUGCCAGUUCGUCCCGUGUCGCCAACCACACAGCGUGCUAUUGACCGUGAGCUUCGCUUUAAGGCGUUUGAGCGCCGGCAGCAGCAGCAGCAGCAGCAAUCUGUGCCAACAAGUAGUACGCGGUCUACUGACUCAUGCACGCAUUGUGGCAAAUCUCUGCAUGGCCUUGUUCCGUUUGAGCAGUUCGACUGGAGAUGCUGUAGUAUUGACUGCCUUCAUAGUCGUCAAGCAGAAUUUGGCAUUUAG